AUGCCUCAGGAGAACUCCAAGGUGUCCGAUCCCGACGCGACUUCGCAAGCGGCCGCCGAAGUUAUCGCCGAAUCGAGCAAGCAACCAGAAGCUGAAUCCGCAGACGAGAGCGGCGAUGAGGCGACCGAGACGGUAGAAGGUGCAGAGGGCGCGGCAGAAAAGAAAAAGAAGAGCAGGAAGCGCAAGAUCAAGGAUGCCCUCAGCGGCAAAGGCAAGGCCGGCGAGGUCGCAGACUUGAAUGCGCCCGCAGGAAACGUCUUACCAAAAGAAGCGAUGAACAUGCUGCUCGCGAACAACCCCGGGCUGGCAAAUGAACUGCAGGGCAAGGCGAACAACAAGGAGGAAUUGGCUCAAUUGAUCAAGAAACUCAACAUCAACGAGAUGCUGACAGGUCUGGCGCCACAAGGCAGCCAAAAGGACAUGGCCAGCCACGCCUUCUGGAAGACGCAGCCUGUACCCAGCUUCGAGGAGAUGGCCAACAAGGAAAAGAUCAAGGACGGCCCGAUCAAGGAGAUCAAGAUUGAGGACGUGGACAAGAAUCCAAGUCCCAUGUACCCUGGUUUCGAAUGGGUAACGAUGGACCUGGAGGAUGAGAAGCAGCUAGAGGAGGUGUAUGAGCUGCUCACAAACCACUACGUUGAAGACAAGGAUGCGACCUUCCGCUUCAAGUACUCGCCAUCAUUUUUGAACUGGGCCCUGAAAGCACCUGGCUGGAAGAAAGAAUGGCACGUCGGCGUCCGCGCAACCGCCUCAGGCAAGCUCGUCGCAUUCAUCUCCGGCAUCCCAAUACAAAUGCGAGUACGCGACAAGGUUCUCAACUGCUCCGAAGUCAACUUCCUCUGCGUCCACAAGAAGCUCCGGUCCAAGCGAUUGGCACCCGUCCUCAUCAAGGAGAUCACCCGCCGCUGCUACGUUGAAGGCACAUUUCAAGCGGUAUACACCGUCGGCUCCCUACUACCUACUCCUGUCUCGACAGCCCGCUACUUCCACCGCGCUAUCGACUGGGAGAAGCUGUACGAUGUCGGUUUCUCCCCACUUCCCCACGGCAGCACCAAGACACGUCAAAUCGUACGGUACAAGCUUCCAGACACCACAUCUACCCCCGGACUCCGCGAGAUGGAGGCCAAGGACGUGGACGCAGCUGUCGACCUCCUAAAGCGUUACCUGGAACGCAUGGACAUGGCGCAAGUCUUCAACAAGACUGAGUUUGAACACUGGAUGGCGCCAAAGGAGAAGCCUAAGGAACAGGUUGUGUGGAGCUACGUAGUUGAGGACCCCAACACGCACAAGAUUACCGACUACUUCUCUUUCUACAACCUCGAGAGCACGGUUAUCGGUAACAAGAAGCAUAACACAAUCAAGGCGGCGUACCUCUUCUACUAUGGUACUGAGGUCGCGUUCGAAGAGGACAAGGACAAGACGAAGCUUAAGCAGCGACUAAACUUGUUAAUGAAGGACGCGUUGAUCUUGGCUAAGAAGGCCGACUUCGACGUCUUCAACGCUCUCACACUACUUGACAACCCGCUGUUCUUGGAGGAGCAACGCUUCGGCGCUGGAGACGGCUCGCUCCAUUACUACCUGUACAACUACCGCGCUGCACCGAUACCGGGUGGCAUUGAUGGGCGGAACCAGUCGAGCAAGGACCACAUGGGCGGUAUUGGCUUGGUCAUGUUGUAA